AUGAAAAAAUUCAAUUUGUGGGAGGAGAUGAUGUCGAAAUUCGAGGCUAGGAAGAAAAUUGGUGAGAAGUCAGGAAAUGGGAAGUUGUUAAAUGACAUUGAAGCUAUAAGUAAAGCACUAUAUGCAGAUAAAACACGGCCAAGGAGUUCUAUGUCUACAGUGAGCAGUCGAUCCAAAUCUGUAGGGAAAACCCAUUUGCCUGAACCAAAAUCAAAGCUAAAUGAUGCUAAUAAAGAUGCACUAGAAAAGGACAAGAAGUCCAUUUGGAGUUGGAAGGCCUUAAAGGCAAAUUUUACUCCUGUCCGAAACCGUAGGUUUGAUUGUUGUUUCACUCUGCAAGUCCAUUCAAUUGAAGGUUUGCCUUUGAAUUUCAAUGAGCUUAGUCUUAUUGUCCAUUGGAAGAGGCGGGAUGGAGAGUUGAUGACUUGCCCGGCUAGGGUUUUUAAAGGUACAGCGGAGUUUGAAGAACAAUUGACGCAUACAUGCUCAGUUUACGGUAGUAGAAACGGUCCCCACCAUUCGGCAAAGUAUGAAGCAAAACAUUUCUUGUUAUAUUCGUCUGUUUCUGGUGCUCCUCAGCUGGAUUUGGGAAAGCAUCGGAUUGAUCUCACGAGGUUGCUUCCUUUGACGUUGGAGGAACUAGAGGAGGAGAAAAGCUCUGGGAAGUGGACAACUAGUUUCAGGUUGUCGGGUAAAGCUAAAGGUGCUAAUAUGAAUGUCAGUUUUACAUAUUCUGUUGUUGGGAAUAGUUCUAUGAUAACUGCUACCAGCAGGGAUGUUCCUGAGGUCCUGAAUAGUGCAAGUACAGUAAAACCCCGAGGGAACUGA